AUAAAAGCUAGGCGAGCAGGUUCGCUUUCAACCGGCUCUAGCUUGGGCUUAGGGCGAGAUCCGAGUCGCCACCUUUGAUAGCAUCACAGCAACCAUGGCGCAGGCACUGCAGCACCCCGAGUUCGCACGCGCUGGCCAACAGGCGGGGCUGCAGGUGUGGAGGGUCGAGAAGCUGGAACUAGUACCAGUGCCCCAGGGUGUCUAUGGUGACUUUUACGUUGGAGACGCCUACCUGGUGCUGCACACUGCCAAGGCGAGCCGGGGCUUUUCCUACCGCCUGCACUUCUGGCUGGGGAAGGAAUGUUCCCAGGAUGAAAGCACAGCAGCGGCCAUCUUCACGGUCCAGAUGGAUGACUAUUUGGGCGGCAAGCCAAUACAGAGCCGAGAACUUCAAGGCUACGAGUCUACUGACUUUGUAGGCUACUUCAAAGGCGGCCUGAAAUACAAGGCUGGAGGUGUGGCUUCUGGACUAAACCAUGUUCUUACCAACGACCUGACAGCAAAAAGACUCCUGCACGUGAAGGGUCGGCGAGUGGUCAGGGCCACGGAAGUUCCCCUCAGCUGGGAGAGCUUCAACAAGGGUGACUGCUUCAUCAUUGACCUUGGCACCGAAAUUUACCAGUGGUGCGGUUCCUCAUGCAACAAAUAUGAGCGUCUGAAAGCAAGCCAGGUCGCCACUGGCAUUCGGAACAAUGAAAGGAAGGGACGGUCUCAGCUCAUUGUGGUGGAAGAAGGAAGUGAACCCUUGGAGCUUCUGAAGGUUUUAGGGAGAAAGCCUGAGCUUCCAGAUGGGAGCAGUGAUGACGAUGCCGUGGCAGACAUAAGUAACAGGAAGAUGGCGAAACUCUACAUGGUUUCAGAUGCAAGUGGGUCCAUGCAAGUGACUCUGGCUGCUGAGGAGAACCCCUUCUCUAUGGCAAUGCUGCUCUCUGAAGAAUGCUUCAUUUUGGACCAUGGUACUGCAAAACAAGUCUUUGUAUGGAAAGGUAAAAAUGCUAACCCACAGGAGAGGAAGACUGCGAUGAAGACAGCCGAGGAGUUUCUACAGAAAAUGAAUUAUUCUACCAAAACCCAAAUUCAGGUGCUUCCAGAAGGUGGCGAAACACCAAUUUUCAAACAGUUCUUUAAGGACUGGAGAGAUAAAGACCAGAGCGAUGGCUUUGGGAAGGUCUAUAUCACAGAGAAAGUGGCCCAGAUACAACAGAUUCCAUUUGAUGCAUCCAAACUGCACAAUUCUCCGCAGAUGGCAGCCCAGCACAACAUGGUGGACAAUGGCUCUGGCACAGUGGAGAUCUGGCGGGUAGAAAACAGUGGUAGGGUCCAGAUUGACCCAAACUCCUAUGGCGAGUUCUACGGUGGGGACUGCUACAUUAUCCUUUACACUUACCCUAGAGGGCAGAUCAUCUACACAUGGCAAGGAGCAAAUGCUACAAGAGAUGAGCUGACCAUGUCUGCAUUCCUGACUGUUCAGUUGGAUCGGUCCCUUGGAGGGCAGGCUGUGCAGGUCCGUGUCUCUCAAGGCAAAGAGCCUGCUCACCUGCUGAGUUUGUUCAAAGACAAACCACUCAUUAUUUAUAAGAAUGGAACAUCCAGGAAAGAAGGACAGGCACCGGCUCCCCCUACACGCCUCUUUCAAGUCCGGAGGAACCUGGCAUCUAUCACCAGAAUUGUGGAGGUUGAUGUUGAUGCAAGUUCACUGAAUUCCAAUGACACUUUUGUCCUAAAACUUCCAAAAAACAAUGGCUUCAUCUGGAUGGGAAAAGGUGCUAGCCAGGAAGAGGAGAAAGGAGCAGAGUAUGUGGCUGAUGUCCUCAAGUGUAAAACUGCAAGAAUUCAGGAAGGCAAUGAACCAGAGGAGUUCUGGAACUCUCUUGGAGGGAGAGGAGACUACCAGACUUCACCAUUGCUAGAAACACGAGCUGAAGACCAUCCACCUCGGCUUUAUGGCUGCUCCAACAAAACUGGAAGAUUCAUUAUUGAAGAGGUUCCGGGAGAGUUCACCCAAGAUGACUUGGCAGAAGAUGAUGUCAUGCUACUUGAUGCGUGGGAACAGAUCUUUAUUUGGAUUGGCAAAGAUGCCAAUGAAGUUGAGAAAAAGGAAUCAAUGAAGUCUGCUAAAAUGUACCUUGAGACAGACCCUUCUGGAAGAGAUAAGAGGACACCAAUUGUCAUCAUAAAACAAGGCCAUGAGCCACCUACAUUCACAGGCUGGUUUCUGGGCUGGGACUCAAGCAGGUGGUAAACUGAGUUUCAAAUUUUAAAAAGUGAGCAGCAAAUAUUCUGGCUGCAUUAGGGCAACUGGCCCAAUUUGUUGUUGGGGAUUUGUUUACUUUUUGCUGUUUGGCUUUAGAAGAUAAACUUCUGUCAAAUGGCUAUUUUUUAAAAAUGAAUGAUAUACUCUUCUUGUCUUCUUUUGUUCCUCCUCCUCCUCCUCCUCCUUCUUCUUCCUCUUCUGCCUCCUUCCUCUAUCUUUUUUAAUGAAUUGUCAUAUGUUACUAUAUUGAAAUAACAAACAUUUGUUUUGGAUCAAUUUUACCUUUCAUAUAAUCUAAAAGUAAAAGAUUAUACAAUCUAGGGGAAUUUCUGAGAAAGGUGUUUUGUAAUUGAGCAACCACUAGCCAAACUUGUCUUAGCACAUCAGAGAAGAAAGCCACAGUGCUUCUGAGCAUCUUCCCUUCUGGGUAUCCUCUGUUCGCAGUAAGGUUUGCAUUACCAUGGCUCUAACAACGCCUUGCUGUUUCCCACCUGAAAUCAAUGUGACUUGGAUGCCAUUCAUUCACAAGUGUUCUUUUAUAAGAGGAACUUCUUCAGCUUUUUAGAAAACUGAAAUCACAGGCCCUUCAUGAUUUAAAAAAAUGUAUCCCUAUCAGUUUAACUUUUUAUAUUUGACAGCAUAUGCUUACUAUCAUAAAGAGUAUGUAUUGAAUGUUGUUUUUCACCAUUAAAUACAUCUUUUUGGAAAAUAUUUUGACACUUUUGUCAAAGUUGAUGAGUUAAUGACAAUUAAUUUUAUAGCUUGAUACUUUUGUGUAUAAGUAAAUAUAAAUUUAGUAUUUUCUAAAUCUUAUCUAAUGGUCAAAUGACUUCUAUAGGUAGAGUAUUAUAAUACUUUAGUAUCACAGAGUGUAUAAAAAUACAGGCUCCAGAGGCCAGAAGUUGGGGAAGAGUCUAGAACUCCAGUAACAUAGACAGUAGACAGAGUUUGGCAGAGAUGUGCUGGGUGCAGCUUUAAUAGAGUAGUUUGAGCAGGUAUGACUGGGUGGAUAUUUUAUCAAUAGAAGCUAGAGAGAAAAAUCAAA